AUUGUUGGAGCAGGACUACUGAGCAAAAGCAGGCAUUGCAUCUUCAGUUGUCAUCGAUUUUGUCUUCAGAUUGGAAGAGUUUAACUUAAAGAAACUUUCAGCCUGCACUGGGGCAGUGAGAUAUAUAAGCUCACAUAAUAAGAGACAUGGGCUUCAACCUGAAUUUCCACCUUUCCUACAGAGUCCGCUUACUGUUAGUCUUUACCUUAUGCCUGACGGUGGUUGGAUGGGCCACCAGUAACUACUUUGUGGAUGCUAUUCAUGAGAUUCCUAAAGCAAGGAAUUUCAUGACUAACUUCAACAAGGCCACGGUUUUGGAGAAGGAAGAAACUCCGACUAAUAAAGCUCCUGUGAAAAAAGUAGACCUUGAAAACUGCCCUUCUAUGUCCCCAUACCUCAGAGGCCAGAGCAAGCUCAUUUUCAAACCAGAUCUCACUUUGGAAGAAGUACAGGCAGAAAAUCCCAAAGUACAAGGGGGCCGGUAUCACCCUGAGGAGUGUAAGGCUUUGCAGCGGGUCGCCAUCCUCAUUCCACACCGGAACAGAGAGAAACACCUGAUGUACCUGCUAGAGCAUCUCCAUCCCUUCUUGCAGAGACAGCAGAUGGAUUAUGGCAUCUAUGUCAUCCACCAGGCUGGAAGUAAAAAGUUUAACCGAGCCAAACUCCUGAAUGUGGGCUACCUAGAAGCUCUCAGGGAAGAAAAUUGGGACUGCUUUAUAUUCCACGAUGUGGACCUGGUACCAGAGCAUGACUUUAACCUUUAUAAGUGUGAGACUCAGCCAAAGCAUCUGGUGGUUGGCAGGAACAGCACUGGGUACAGGUUACGUUACAAAGGAUAUUUUGGGGGUGUUACUGCCCUAACCAGAGAACAAUUUUUCAAGGUGAAUGGAUUCUCUAACAACUACUGGGGAUGGGGAGGCGAAGACGAUGACCUCAGACUCAGGGUUGAGCUUCAUAGAAUGAAAAUAUUCCGGCCAGUUCCCGAAGUGGGGAAAUACACAAUGAUUUUCCACACUAGAGACAGAGGCAAUGAAGUAAAUAUAGAAAGGAUGAAGCUCUUACAUCAGGUGUCAAGAGUGUGGAAAACAGAUGGGUUGACUAGUUGUUCUUAUAAAUUAUUGUCGGUGGAACACAAUCCUUUAUAUAUCAACGUCACAGUGGAUUUCUGGUCUGGUCCAUGACCC